AUGCUCAACAGCAAAAGCCGACGGAUCGUGGAGGGAUCUUGUUGGGCUUGCCGGAAGAGGAGAGUAAAGUGCAGCCUCGACAAACCCAGCUGCAUACGCUGCGAACGCAGUGGAUCGGACUGCGAGUAUGGGACGAAGCUUCAGUGGGUGGGUGGGCCGGCAGCGCGAGGACGGUAUGCGCCAGCCUCGCCCACUUCUCCACCAAAUGCAGCAACAUUCCAGGACACGCACCUGACACUCUCCGCAUCACUGUCGACGCCAGAUUUGGACUCGCAAUCUUUGGUGCUUUAUUUCUCCAACGCCGUCAUUCCGCGUUUCCAACUGGCUGGCUCCAGUAUACUCAUCGACGAGGGCGCUAUCAUCCGAGAUCCUACCUUACGACCAGCCGUGCUCGCCGUCUCCAAAGCUCACCAUCACUUCUGCUCACGCUCUCCCAUCGACAAAGGACGUCACUCGAGCGAGCAAGCACGGCAAUUAGCACUCACCAGUUUCCGACAUCGUCUCGAGUCCGGCGUGAGCUGUGCACCAACAGCGCAGGACCUGCUACAGGUGGUGAUCUUGUUUUGCAUGUUGGAUGGAGUCAUCUUUCCAGAGACGGAGAGCAAUGCUUCCGUCCAACAUCUCAAGGGCGGGUACUCCCUCUUGGAUUCAUGGGCUUCGAUUGUCCCGAAUAUGGUCAUUGCAGGAGGCUUGCAGGCUCACCUCGUCUCCAUCUUUGUAACGAUGGACUUGGUUCAUGCAUUAUUAGCUGGAGAAAGGCCAUACUUCACUCCCACGACCUGGCUCAUGUUUGGCGAGGUAGACGCCUGGUGGGGACGUCUGGCCUGUGGCGAUCGCUUUUUGACAUUGCUGAAGGGCUUCUCCGAGAUGGCAUCACUUGGACAUUUUGUCAAGUCACACUUACCAGAGAACUCAGCAACACAACUUGCCCAGAAAUGCAUUCCUUCAAUCGAGAUGAUGCUCGCAGGGCCCACUGGCAUGGAAACGAGCCCAACGUUCGCCUCCGCCGCCGAAUGGGAUGCCUUCUGUUCGAUUUACGAAAUCGCUGCCACAAUCUAUAGCCAUCGAACGCUGCGCGGCCGAUCCGUCUCACAUGAAGCUGUACAGAGUGCCACAAGAAGAGGGAUCUCCAAACUGAUGGACGACCAGCUCCCAGGAAUGCUGGCUCAUUGCGUUGUCUUUCCACUGCUCGUGAUCGGCAGUCACUGUAUCCACACCCAAGACAGGAAGGCAGCAUCCGAGUUCCUCUCGCCGUCGACUUCUUAUCUAUCUUUCGGCAGCCUUGUCCUCAUGACCGAUCUACUCCAGGAGAUAUGGUCUCAAAGCAAUGUGGAUUCGACCUGGUGGGAAAUGUUCGAGCCCGUCUCAAGCAAGACGUUCUUGUUCUGA